UGGGUUUCACUCAGGCAGCGGCCCGGACAGCUGCCGCCGGCUGGAGGGGUCCUUAUCCGCUGAGCUGUGGAGGACUAGCAGCCAACAUGCCGACUGUUGGUGUAAAACGUGAUCUUCUCUUCACUGCUUUAGGCAGAACAUACACGGACGAGGAGUUUGACGAGCUGUGCUUUGAAUAUGGGCUGGAGCUGGAUGAAAUUACCUCGGAGAAGGAGAUAAUCAGCCGGGAGCAAGGCGGCUCCAAGGCCUCGGGGGCGUCUGACGUCAUCCUGUACAAGAUCGACGUACCAGCUAACCGCUAUGACCUGCUGUGUCUGGAGGGGCUCGUCCGCGGCCUGCAGGUCUUCAUGAACAAGAUGGAGGCACCUCGCUACAGACGCGUUCGCCCGGUCAGCGGGGGGCCCCAGCAGCUGAUUAUUACCAAGGAGACGGCGGCGGUGCGACCACAUGCCGUGGCCGCAGUGUUGAGGAACAUUACCUUCACACAGGAGCGCUACGACAGCUUCAUCGAGCUGCAGGACAAACUCCACCAAAACGUCUGCAGGAAGAGGAGCCUGGUGGCCAUCGGCACUCAUGACCUGGACACCAUCUGCGGCCCCUUCAUCUACACGGCCAAACCUCCAGGAGACAUCAGCUUCAAGCCCCUGAACCAGACCAAAGAGUACACCGCCACGCAGCUCAUGAGCCUCUACAAGACAGACAGCCACCUGAAGCAUUUCCUUCACAUCAUCGAGGACAAGCCCGUGUACCCGGUCAUCUACGACAGCAACGGCGUCGUCCUGUCCAUGCCGCCCAUCAUCAACGGUGACCAUUCAAAAAUCACCCUGCAGACGAAGAACGUCUUCAUCGAGUGCACGGCCACAGACGUGACGAAGGCAAAGAUCGUGUUGGACAUGAUGGUGACCAUGUUCAGCGAGUAUUGCUCGCAGCCUUUCACGGUGGAGGAGGCUGAGGUGGUGUAUCCAGAUGGCAAGACCUGCAAAUAUCCAGAGCUGGCUUACAGGAAGGAGAAGUUGUCCAGCGAGUUCAUCAACAGGAAAGUUGGCAUCAACGAGUCGACUGAGACGCUCGCCCGGCUGCUGACCAAGAUGUGCCUCCGCUCCGAGGUCACGGGGGUCGGCGACGAGAUCGAAGUCGAGAUCCCGCCCACGCGCUCCGACGUCAUCCACGCCUGUGACAUCAUGGAGGACGCCGCCAUGGCCUUCGGAUUCAACAACAUCCCGUACACCACGCCGCUCACCUACACCGUCGCACACCAGCUCCCGGUGAAUAAGCUGACGGAGCUGCUGCGGCAGGAACUCGCCGCUGCAGGAUUCACGGAGGCUCUCACCUUUGCCCUGUGUUCUAAAGAAGAUAUAGCAGACAAGCUGGGGAAGAAGAUCUCAGAGACCAGGGCGGUUCACAUCGCCAACCCCAAGACAGCCGAGUUCCAGGUGGCGCGCACCACCUUGCUGCCCGGCCUGCUGAAAACCAUAGCAGCAAACAGGAAGAUGCCCCUUCCCCUCAAGCUGUUCGAGAUAUCCGACGUGGUGCUGAAGGACGAGACCAAAGAUGUCGGGGCGAGGAACAGCCGGCGUUUCUGCGCCGUUUACUACAACAAGAGCCCGGGCUUCGAGGUGAUCCACGGCCUGCUGGACCGGACCAUGCAGCUGCUGGAGGAGAAGUCGGCCCGCGGGGACGGGUACCACAUCCAGGCCGCCGAGGAUUCCACCUUUUUCCCCGGUCGCUGCGCGGAGAUCUUCGUCCGCGGGACGAGCGUCGGGCGCCUCGGCGUCCUCCACCCCGACGUGGUCGCCCGCUUCGAGCUGACGAUGCCCUGCUCCGCCCUGGAGAUGGACGUGGAGCCCUUCCUUGGCCACAGCGUCGAAGUCCAGCUCACACACGACGUCCCCACGCAGGAAGCCGCCGCGCACGGGGCCUCCUCCUCCUCGCCCCCCCCGCCGGCUUCCACGCGGACCGCGUUCGGGGACGUGAGCGCGGCGGCCGGCCUCAAGGCGCUCGACGACUUCCUGGCGGACAAGAGCUACGUCGAGGGCUACGCGGCGUCCCAGGCGGACGUGGCGUUGUUCGACGCCAUCCCCGCCGCCCCCGCCCCCGGCUUCUGCCACCUGGCGCGCUGGUACUCCCACAUCAAGUCCUUCCACGGGGAGAGAGACCGCCUCCCGUUGGCCAAGACCCAGUUCGUCCUGGCGGCGGAGGACGACUUGGACCUGUUCGGUUCGGACGACGAGGCCGAGGAGCAGCGGCUCGCCCAGUACGCCGCCAGGAAGUCCAAGAAGCCGGCGCCGCUCGCCAAGUCCUCCAUCCUGCUGGACGUCAAGCCAUGGGACGACGAGACGGACCUGGCCCAGCUGGAGGCGCUCGUCCGCGGCGUGGCCAUGGACGGGCUGCUGUGGGGGCGGUCCCAGCUGGUGGCGGUGGGCUACGGCAUCAAGAAGCUCCAGAUCGGCUGCGUGGUGGAGGACGACAAAGUGGGCACGGACCUGCUGGAGGAGGCCAUCACCGCCUUCUCGGACCACGUUCAGUCCGUGGACGUGGCGUCCUUCAACAAGAUCUGAACCCGCGGGGGGGGGAAACGGCGGGGGGGGG